AUUUCCCCUUUUAUUUUAUUGUAUUUUUCCUCUUUUCUCUUUCACUUUCUUUCACUAGUUCCUUCUUUUUUUCUUGUUUUCCUUUUCCCAAAUACAGUCAUUUAAACUACUUUCUUUUAGCAUCAACACUUCGAUAUAUACCAUUUAAUACAACUCAGCUCUCAAAAGAGGAAACAUGAAGAGUUUAAUACUUUUUUUAGCAACAGUAUUUGCCUACCUUAGUACAGUUCAGGCCUACUUUUAUGUACCCUCGUUUAUGAACAUACUUCCUUUCAAAGGAGGUAUGGCAUAUACACAAAAGAACAACUCACUAUACCUUUAUGGUGGUGAAAACGCAACUGUACGAUACACAAACGACCUUUAUAAACUCACCCAGACUGAGACUUCUUACAACUGGGAAAUUGUUCCUCAAAAAAACGCACCUGAUGGUUCAGUUUACAGUCAAUCAUACAUCACUGCUGAUGGCAACAACAUGGUUGUUAUGGGUGGAAUGUCCAAUGCUACCGAAGGUAAAGAAGCACCCCUUCAAAUCUACACCUACAACUUUGCUUCUCAAACAUGGACUGCUGCACCCACCAACACUGGCAAUGUCACUGGAGCCAUGCCUUACAACCGUGAAUUCUUUUCACUUACCUAUGACAGCAAAAACCAAAAGACUUAUAUCUUUGGCGGUGCUGUAUCUGGCGCUAAUGCUGUCUUUAAUGACUUGCACGUUUUGGAUGCCAACUUUAAUGCAACUGCAUUAGCUUCCACUCCCACUGGUCGUUACGGUCAUACUGCUUCUAUUAUUAGCACUGGUGAAAUAGUUGUCAUUGGUGGUGUAAAUGCCGCCAGCACAGGCAGCAAUCUUGCUAGCAUGGAUUCUGUUUGGGUCUAUAAUCCUUCUACCAACGUUUGGGUUGCUCGCAAUGUCUCUACUACCUCUACUCGUUAUCCCUCAGCUGCCUCUGACCACUCAGCCGUUGUUACUUCUGACGACAAAAUCAUUAUCUUUGGUGGUGACAGUGCUGCUAAUCAAAGAGCAAGACAAUACUUGAACACAGUUGCCAUUUUGGACACAAAGACCUGGUCCUGGUCCAUUCCCAGCAUUGGAGGUAUUCCUCCUUCUCGUCGUUCAUUCGCAGUUGCUGGUCUUUUGGAUAAUAACCAUCUUACUGUCGCAUUCGGUGGUUCAUCUAACAGUUAUUAUAACGAUAUCAAUACUUUUGAUCUUAAAGGUAGCUCAUGGUUGCAAUCCUUCCAAGAAAGCUCUAGUUCUAGCGAUAGCUCUGUCUCCAAGGGACUUAUUGCUGGUGUUACUGUUGCUGGUGUUGUUUUACUUAUCAUCAUCUUGUUCUUGCUCUGGAAGUUCCAAUCCUAUGUUCGUUGGUUGGUUGUCCGUGUUCACAAUGAUAUCUGGAAGCCACGUACUGGUGAACCUGUCUGGGCUGAAACCUCUCGUAUUGUUUCUCAAGUCUUUUUCUUGUUCAUCUUUGUUAUGUUCCUUUACUUUGUUAUCCGUCAAGCCGUUGAGAGUCCUAAUGUUGUUCAAAGAAUUGAAUACUCUUCUGCUGAAGUAGAUGUACCCGAUGUUCGUUUCUGUUUUGAUGGUUUCCCAAGUGAAAGUGCUAUAUAUGGUCCUCCUGGUGUCUCUUGUCAAACUGACAAUGGUUACACUUGUACUUCCUUUGUUAAGCAACUCGACAUGUCUGUUUUCCAACCCACUUUCUCUGACAAUUUGGGUGCUGUUAACUGCUUCCUUUUCCGUGCUCCUGAUGACUUCAAAUUGACUUCUACUUCUGGUGCCAAUAAUGGCUCUCGAUUACUGUUUACUAUGUUUGGUGACCAAUCAACUACCUAUGGCCGUGUUCAUGUCUCUGUUUUCCCCAAGAAUAUGGAUCCUAAUGCCAAAAUAUAUGGCUAUGAAGAUGGUAUCAAUGUCUACUUGUCUGAAGCUGAUGUCCUUAACUGGCAAAAUACCGAACGUAACGAUCUCCAAGCUACCAACGUCUACACCAUCGAGCCUUUCACUUACAGUGCUCUCAGCUACGAUAUUGUUGACCAUCGUUACUUGCAGCCUGUUGGCUGGAACUAUGUUGGCUUCUUGCCCAUCACAAACAGUACUCCUCAAAUUGAAUCUACUUUCCGUGAAGAAGCUCCUAACCCCACUUACACUAGUGGUCAUGCUGAUCUUGGUCUUAUUGCUGUCUUCCCCAAUGAAUUUGCUCAAUUGAUUGAUCGUGAAGUCAAGAUGUACACACUUGUAAAUGCUCUUGGUUUUGUCGGUGGUAUCUUUGGUUUAUUGGUUGCUGUUCAAACCUGGCUCUUUGGUUUCCGUCCUCGUUCUCCUUGGGGUGUUGUUCACAGAUGGUCUACUGGUGGUCGUAAGCAAUCCUUGCUUAGAGGCCUUCAAGAAAAGUUCAAGACGUCGGACAGCGGUAUUCCUUUGGUCCAUCCUGUUCAUCAUCGUUUCAGUGUUAACGAGUUCCAAAACUUGGGUCAAGAAACAGAAGCUCAACGUGUGUCUCGUGUUGAAGAACGUAUGCAAGUCUUGGAAUUGUUGUUCAAGGCUUACUAUGUCGACGACGAAGUCUUCCGUUCCCUUGAUAAUGCUGCUUCUGUCAACAAAAACAAUACCAAUACGCCUCACCAACAAUUCGGAAUCGCUACCCCUACUAUAGGCACCGCCAAUUCCAAUCCUUUCUUUCCUUCUAGUGAAAAGCUAAGCCCUCAUUACCAAAAGGAAGACCAAAACGGAUUCUCUCAUAUGUUCAAUGAAAGGCAAAGCCGUGGCAACAUAUCAAAAACUAUUAAGAAUAACGCGCAACAAGAUUUUUUUACUACCUUUACUCCAACUAUUUGUUGGCCUUUCCGGAAUCAACAAGAAGUAGGCGAUCGUUGUCGCCUAUUGAUACUUGACUCAUCCUUUAACCCACCUACUAAUGCACAUAUUAGCCUACUAAAAAAAUCACUUGAAGCUUAUCCUUCCAAUUACUUUCAUGGCAUUCUAUUAUUGUUUUCAAUCAAUAAUGUAGACAAAGUAUUAACAGGUGCCAGUGCAUUGCAACGUGCACAGAUGAUGGAACUUGUCGCUUCAAAAUUCAAGGAAUAUAACGUUGCUGUUGGCUUUACAACACAUGGCAAAUUCGUCGAUAAAGCGGCUAGUAUACAAUCAUGGUUUUCCAGACACUACCCACAUCAUGUUCUUGAUAUAUUCUUUAUCCUGGGCUACGAUACAGUUGUUCGGUUAUUGGAUCCCAAGUAUUAUCAUGAUGUUCCUGUCAAGACUGCUUUGGAGUCCUUUUUCAAGACGUGCCGUUUGAUUUGCGCAGAUCGAGGAGAGAAUAGAGAAGAACAAGAUGCUUUUUGGAAACAAGUCGAACAAGAGUAUGGUACUCAUAUCUUUACACGAAUUCAAUUAGAUCUCAUCACUUGUCAAUACUCAAGCACUAUGGCAAGACAAGCAAUUGUAAAUCAGGAUAAAAAAGUCGAGUCCAUACUUGACAAAAGCAUUGUUGAGUUUGUAGAACAACAAGGUCUGUAUCUUCAAUAA